CAAGAGGUGCAGUGGAUUAAUAGGAAGAUUAUCAGAGAAGAUAGUUUUCAUAUGUGGAAGAUGUACAGAAUCCAUAAAAACUUUAGAGACACAAGAAAUCGAUUCUCUCAAAUGCCCUGGUGGCUCAUUAGAGGUAGUAGAUAAUUUCCACUACCUAAGGAACCAAAUUAUUAGUGGGAAAGGAUGCACAGAGAGUGUGAUAGCUAGAAUAAGAACAGGAUGGAGAAAAUUUAAGCGUUAAAUCUACACGUUACAUUUGGUAGUAGGCUACAUCAUGUCGACCAGAUAUGGCCUGCUACAGAUCUGAUAUGAUGAUUUGGGAUAGAGAAGAGAAAUUGUGUACAGUUGUGGAAAUCAGCUACCCCAGCAGAUAUUAACAUAAAGCUAAAGAUCAGUGAAAAAGAGAAUCUGCAGUUACUCUAUCCAUACUACAAGUUAAAGUUUAUACCUGUAAUUACACACACACACUUCCACUGUCUGAAGUUUUGAAUUUUCUUACUGAAAUAAGAGCUUCUCCUCCAGAUUUCUGUUACUUAAGCUAACCUCAAUCAGCUAUAAGUGACAAGUAGAAGACGUCAAAACUAUAUUUGUCAACAUAUGCCCUGAAAUUAAUUUGUUCGACUGUCCUCAAUUUACAAAGCUGGCGAUCAUUGCUUCCACUAGAAAUUAAUAUUGAAUAUCGGCGUCAUAAGUAUGACGCUGAUUGACGCUGCUCCAAGGGAAAUAACUUUCAAUAUACUCAAUACAACAACACAGUCGAGAUUUGUUGGAGCGUAUACGUGUCAGCCAAUAUGCAGUGCAGAUUUUUCCGUCCAGUAUCGUUGUUUAGAUUAAUCCAAACGUUUUCUCCACACAGUUUCACUUCUCUCCGAAUUUCCGCACCUGGGAGUACUCUGCAACAUGUGAAUUACCAGUCGACUGAAGUUGAAAAGAAACUUUUUACACCAGGUCCUCUAUGCACCACAUCGACAGUGCGUGAGGCUAUGUUAAAAGAUCUAGGUUCGCGAGACAUUCAAUUCAUCCAGUGUGUAAGAAAUAUUCGGCAGAAAAUUCUGGACAUCGCACAAGUAAGCAAUCUUGAAUAUACGUCAAUACCAGUACAAGGCAGUGGAACAUACGCUGUCGAAGCUGUCUUUCAAUCGACAGUUCCCCGGAGUGAUGGUAAAGUUCUGAUCUUAGAAAACGGUGCCUACGGUAAACGUAUCGCAAAAAUCUGUGAAGUCGCAGGUAUUUCAAAACGUGUACUGAGCUUCCCUGAAAGCUCUGCUGUAAAUGUUAAUGUUGUUGAAGAUGUUUUGAAAACUGAUUCCUCAUUUACUCAUGUCGCUAUUGUUCACUGUGAAACAAGUUCUGGAGUUUUCAACCCGAUUGUGGAUGUCGGGCAGAUCGUCAAAAAAUACCUUCAGAAUUGUAUAUAUUUUGUGGAUGCAAUGAGUAGUUUUGGUGCAGUUCCGCUUGAUUUCGCCGCCGGUGAUAUUGACUUCAUGGUCAGUUCAGCAAACAAAUGUUUACAAGGUGUUCCUGGUUUCUCUUACGUAGUUGCAAAAACUAGAAAGCUAUUAGAAUGCCGUGGAUAUUCUCGCUGUCUCACUUUGGAUCUUUAUGAUCAAUAUCAAAACUUAGAGGCGACAGGCCAGUUUCGAUUUACUCCCCCAACACAUACGAUGCUGGCAUUUCAGCAAGCUAUCGUGGAAUAUGAACAAGAAGGUGGCUUGAAAGGAAGGUCAGCUAGAUAUAUGGAAAAUCGAUCUAUUUUGGGAAAAGGUAUGAAAACACUUGGUUUCAAAGAGUUGUUGACGGAUCCAAAUCAAGCAAAUUAUAUUAUAACUUCAUUUUUCUUUCCCAGCGAUCCACAUUUUGAUUUUAAUACAUUCUACAGCAAAUUAAACGAUUUAGAUUUUGUAAUAUACCCUGGCAAAGUCUUGGAAGCGAACUGCUUUCGAAUUGGAACAAUUGGUGAAGUUUACCCCUCUGAUGUUAAGGAGUUAUUAAAAAGAAAUGCUGCCUUCCUCUCUUUGGAGAAAGAGGAAGGCGGUACAAUCUUAAUCAUGGACUCAGUCGAGAGCCGUACUCCUUCUGCAUCCGACAUCAGCUGUUCGGCAUAG